ACCCCAGAAGGCGAGGGGAAGAAGGCGCGCGCGCGCUCCGGGCCUGCUUUGCGGACGCCUUUGGCGCAAGCGGGAGGAAGCGCGCUCCAGAUCCGCCGCCGCAGCCCUGCGCCUCGGAUCGGGGCCUGACAUGAUGUUUCCUCAAAGCCGGCACUCGGGUUCUUCGCACUUGCCCCAGCAAUUGAAGUUCACAACGUCGGAUUCCUGUGACCGGAUUAAGGACGAGUUUCAGCUGCUGCAGGCUCAGUACCACAGCCUGAAGUUGGAGUGCGACAAGCUCGCCAGCGAGAAGUCGGAGAUGCAGCGCCACUAUGUGAUGUACUACGAGAUGUCCUAUGGGCUCAAUAUUGAAAUGCACAAACAGGCCGAAAUUGUCAAGAGGUUAAACGGGAUCUGUGCUCAAGUGUUGCCCUAUCUUUCCCAAGAGCAUCAACAGCAGGUCCUCGGAGCCAUUGAGCGAGCCAAGCAGGUGACGGCGCCGGAGCUCAACUCUAUCAUCCGGGUCCGUGGCGUUCCGUACGGGAACUGGGCGCAGCAGCUCCAAGCUCACCAGCUCUCCCAGCUCCAAGCUCUCGCCUUGCCCUUGACCCCGCUGCCCGUGGGGCUGCAGCCCCCCUCGCUCCCGGCCGUCAGCGCCAGCACCGGCCUCCUCUCCCUGUCCGCCCUCGGCUCGCAAGCUCACCUGUCCAAGGAAGACAAGAACGGCCACGACGGCGACGCCCACCAGGACGACGACGGGGAGAAGUCAGAUUAGACCCGGUUUGGGCGGG